GAUCCAACGGCGGUUGCCUUGCAGCUGGUGGCGGCGGUGACUGCGGCCCGACGAACUGGCCUGGUGCCGGUCGUGGGCCUUUUGACGGCGGACCAGGUGGCAGAUCUGAACGACCUGACCACGACGGCCAACCUGGUCCAGCAGGGGAUUGCUGAGGCGGCGGCGGCGGCAGAGGAGGUGCAGAGCUUUGCCCCGAUGGUGGCUGGAGGCGUCGGCGGUGGAUCGACGACGCCAUCUGGGGCCCAGACGCCAGCAUCGACGGUGGGGGUGGCCCCUCCUGAUUUGGCCAUCAGCUCGACGCCCACGACGCCAAGGAAGGUGCCCCCACCGGUGCCCAAGGAGGCGGAGGCGGCGAUCCCCACACGGCGUCCGGUGAUGAAGGCGCCUCCCCAGGUUCCUGCUACGACGUGGCGGGUGACGCCCUUGGACCAAUUGCCGCGGAAGGCGGCGCCUACAUCGACGGCUACCUCGGGGACCUCGACGCCAGCCCAGGUGCAGGUCAAAGCCAUGCCUCAGCGACGCCUUCCCGCCUCACCUCGUGCUGCGGCGGCGCCUUCGACGCCCGCGGCACCGAUGGCACCGAUGCCUUCCGCUCCUCCGACGCCAGCGGCUACAGGUGGCGAGACGCCGGCGGACUACUUUGCCACUCCGGCCGCCAAGGCUCGUGCGGCGGCUCGGCUGGCAGCUGGGACGGAUCCUUUCGACGCCACUCUUUCUAUGAGCGCCUCGGCGUCUGGGCUGGCCACCCCGGCGCAGUCUACAGCAGGACGGCGCCCACCCAACAUGCAGGAGAUCCGGGCGGCGCUCAAUGUCCAGACCGAGGCACAGGGGAAGGCACCGCCUGAGGCGCUUAUGCCCCCGACGACGCUCAUGGCACCGGAGCCGACGCCGGCGGCAGACCACCAGCACAUCGACCCGGACCUUGGGAUCCCGGCGGUCACGACGGUGGUUGCCGACACCUUCCUGGACACCCCUUUGGAGCCGACGGCGUCGGCGCAGGAGUUCUUGGGCCCGGCGCCACCACCGCGGCCUUUCUUCAACCUGUCCACGGCCUCGACGACGAGAUCCCCGACGCCUCCGUCACCGAGGGUGGACCCGCCUGCGGCGGCUUCGGCCAGCGAGUUCCUGGGGGCGGCAUCGGCGGGAGCUCCCGCGCAAGGGCCCAUGACGACGGUGCCGGAGGAGGAUCGGCCAGAGCCCUGGGAGAUGCCUGCGACGGAGCGGCGCUCGAUUUUCCCCCCGGUCACGGCGGAGGGAACAGGGGGCAGGAACAUGAGGGCACCGAGCGCGGCGCGUCGGCGCGGCUCCGUGGGGCCCUCGCCCGGCCAAAGGGCGCAAUGGCGCCGCGACGCUCGGUCCCAAGACGAGCGGCGCCAAUACGGCGCGUAUGACAGCCGGCGCUGGGGUGGUACCGAGCCAUGGACGGCGGAGCAGGUGGACAUUCCGGCGGAGUACUACCCCUACAAGGUGUCCAUGGAACGGCGGGGGGCCUCGGCGCUCGGCGAGGUUGUCCCCAGCUCUCUCCGCCAUUUGGCCUGCGACGACCUGGCGGCGGUCCGCCAAAAGGAGCAGGCGGCGCAGUGGCCCGAGACGGCGCCGAGGGGGGCACAGACCGAAACCGAUUACUACUUCAUUCGGCGGUUGCCCCAAGGAGUUGCCGGCGCUCGGAUUACAGUGCAGCACUCCAGAGAACAGCGGCGCUUGGUGGGAUGGUGCGCCCACCCAUGCCAGCAGCCCCGCGGCGCCGACAACCGCUGCGACGGAUCGAGAAGGUCGGCGCUAAGCCUUGCACCUCCCGACGAAGCGGAGAGGCCUCCUUUUUGGCACUUUGCCACGACGGCCCCGCUUCCUGAGAUUUAUGGGUGCUCGACGGUUUGUCGACGCCUCGCACAUGUCACGGCGCUAGGCGCCAUCAUUCUUCCAAGCAGCAUGUUCGACGCUCUUCGGCGCCAAAAAGAGGGAGAAUCGACGCUGAGUGCUUUGCCCUGUCCGGUUGUGCUUUCUCCGACGUGUCGCCCUAACCCCCCCCUUCCCGGCAGCCGUUUUGCUCGCGACGCGACCACUGCAGACAUGGCUCAAGACGCGUCGGCGCCACGGCCGGGCACUUUUGCAGCCUUCCUGGCUGAGGUUGCUGCGGCCGGCGGUCAGGCGCAUAUGCAGGCAUUCGCCGAGCUCGGCGUCACCUCCAGACCUCUUGUGGGACCUGCCGGCCCGGCGCUGGCGGCGGCGGGGGUCCCGGAGCAGGUUAUCUUGAACUUGGUGCGGCCGGCGAUGCCUGGUCCGGCGUCGUCGGCAUUGGUGCCUCGACGGGCCGACCUGCCCUACCGCAGGCCUGUGGCGAAGGCUUCCCUCCAGGCGUCCCUCCAGGCGGCGACCCCGCAGAACAUUCAGCAGGCGGUCGACGCGCUCGAGGCCAAUGUGGUGGCGGCGUCCACCAGGCGAGCCCUGGACUCUAGGAUCAAGUUCUGGCUCAAGCUCGCGGCGACCAACGGCGUCGAGCCGUGGCCGCUGACGCACUGGAAGCUCAAGGUUUUGGCGGCGUGCCUCCGGGAAGGGGGCUACCGUUCCGCCCAGCUCUACAUCGACGCGGUGCUGUGGCACCAAGAGCACGUGCUGCAGACCGAGGUACCGACGGGCAUGAGGAAGGAGGCUCGGCGCCUUGCCAAGGCGGCGGUGCGGGGCAUGUUCGGGCCGGCGGACGGCCCCUUGGACUGCCGACGGCCCCACCACGCCGUCGACGUGGUGAUUGUGGAUUUCUGGUUCAUGCUUCGGGAGUCGGAGCUGGCCGGCGCCCGGAUCCGUGACAUCACGCUCUCAGCCGCGGUGUUCGGCGGAGGGGUCUCUCUGGACCUCCCGCUUCACAAGACGGCGCAGGGGGGACAGAAGGAGUUGACACGGCGCUCGCUGAGGUGCGUCUGCACGGCGGCGAUCCACCCUCUGUGCCCCGCCUGUGCAGCCCGACGCCACCUGGCACGCCUCAACUUCGACGCCGCCCGGGAACCGGAGUCGGCGCUCUUCCCGACGACGACCACUGAGCUGAGGACCAAGGCGGCGUCGGUGGAGAUGUUCGGCCUGGUCCUGGGCAAAGCCGGCGUGGAGACGCAUCAUACCACACCCGACGGCCGGUCCCUCCCCAUCUUCGGGGGGGCAGGCGCCACGUUCCUUGCGGCGAGAGGAGUCACACUGGACCCUCUGGUGGACCUCGACGAGGAAGCUCACUGGAAAGCUUCGGCGGUCAUACCGCACCCUUUCCAGGCCCAACCACGGCUGGAGCCGGCGUGGGAGGAGGCCCUGAACAUCCGGCGGCGGUGGCGCCACGACCUAGCCAGGAUCAGGCGCGAGGUGGUCCAGGAGGUCAAGGAUAUGAUCGACGACCUGGCCGAGCAGACGGCGGAAUGGAUGUCCCAGCGCUCGGCGGCGGUCAAGGCCACCUAUUCCACGCCGGACAAGCCGGCGGUGACGCAGAUCCCCGUCCUGCUGGAGCUCCUGCGUUUAACAUGGUCGGCGGACUCAAGCCGGGAGCUCCGGCGGGUCAACGCGGACUAUGUGAG